AUGCCCCUCCCCUCACAUUUCCGUAUUGGCUCAGUAGCGAUCAGCAACAGUACUUAUAGACACCCCAGUGCACAGGAAGGUAAGCUGCUGUCAGGCUUCACUCGUUCUGCCAGAUCUCGAGUAGCUGCCGGACGCUGUUUAGCAGCCUGCUACCACGGCCACUGGUUAAAAGUCGUGCGUGGCCAUGUCUCCUCACUAACUUUGUACAUAGUGCUCAUGGCCUCCAAGCAUUACAGACUUCUGCACGUCCCCCAGCCUAGAGCCCCACAUAUGGGGGCAGUGACAGCAGCCCAGGAGGUGGGAAACUGCAACCCCCUGAUGCCCUGUAAUUGGCUUGAGCUCACUGCAGCCAAUGGCAUUGAUAUUCCCUAUGUUGGUUACGUCGAGUUAGACGUCACUAUAUUUGGUAUGGUAGUCCCGCAGCGGGGUAUCUUGGUGGUCAAGGAGCCGUUCAGACAGCAAGCUUCAGAUGGGAUACGCCUUGCACCCCCGCUCUGGCAGCGGGCGUUACAGCACUGUCACCGAAUGGAGUCCCAGACUCUCCAGCCAGAGAGGGGAGUGGCUAAAGUGAGAGGCACAGCGUUACUCGAGCCCUUGGAUGAUUGCCAGUCUCUGCAACAGGGUCUGCUAAUCUCACCAGCUAUGGUCAACAUCCACCAAGGCCUGAUCCAAGUAACCGGAGCCCCGAGCUGUCCGAAACCGGGGAGUGGGCCGCAGAUGGCCUCUGGGUGCCCCACUAGCGGUCAGCUCCGCCCCCGGGUCACGGGUUGGACUCCUACCAGCCCCACAUACGGUCAGCCCUGCCCCCAGCUCACGGUUUGGACCACCACCAAGACGCUCUACCCGUCAGACAGCCGGCCAGCAUCCUAA